UGAUCUCCACUUUAGAUUUUUGGCAAAGUUGAACACCUACCAAAAAAGGUCUUCAAGAAUGAAGCUCAUUUGGUCACCGGAGACGGCGUCGAAAGCUCUCAUCGACACCGUCAAAUCUUGCGAGAUCUUCAACGAAUCAAGUGCGGCGGAGCUGGUUUCGGCGAUGGCCGCGGGGUGGAACGCGCAGGUGGUGGUGGAGACGUGGAGGCGGGGCGGGGCGAUCGCGGCGAGCGUCGGCCUAGCGGUGGCGGCGCGGCACAGCGGGGGGAGGCAUGUAUGCGUGGUGGCGGACGAGGAGUCGAGGGCGGAGUACGUGGAGGCGAUGAGGGAGUCCGGCCGCGCAGCUGAGGUGGUGGUGGGGCGCCCGGAGGAGGCCAUGGAGGGGCUCGAGGGGAUCGAUUUCCUCGUGCUGGACUGGCGCCGGAAUGAUCUCGCCAGGAUUCUGAGGGCGGCCAGGUUGGGGCGGAGAGGGGCGGUUGUGGUGUGUAAGAACGCUAGCUCCGAUGCAGCCGACGAUUUCCGGUGGCGGCAGGGGAAGUUGAGGAUCGUGCGGUCGGUGUUCUUGCCGGUCGGGAAUGGACUGCACAUCGCGCAUGUCGGCGCCGCCUCUGGUGCCGCCGUGGUCACUGGCCGGAGCAGGUGGAUCAAACACAUUGACAGCCGGUCAGGAGAAGAGAUGGUUUUUAGGAGAUGAACUUUCAGUUGCAAUCAAUGUUACCUUCUUAACUGCACCUUUUUUUUCUUUUUUUGGCCUUUUCUUAGCUUUUGUAUAACUGUACCAUUUGUAUAUAAGGGAGAAGAGUUGACUCUUUACAGAA